AUGCCGGCCGUAGCUGAACACAAACCAAUCGUUCAUAAGAAGACAAACAGAUUCCAUCGCCCACAGUCUGAUCUCUGGAAGCGUGUUGAUGCUGCUUGGCGCCAUCCACGCGGUAUCGAUUCCCGCUUCCGCAGGAAAUAUCGUGGCACACCACUCCACCCAGGUGCUGGCUUUGGCUCUGAUAAGGCUACAAGAUUCAUGCUCCCUAAUGGCUUCAUCCCAGUCCUCGUUCGCUCAAUUAAGGACCUUGACAUGCUCAUCACAAAGAACACAACACAUGGCGCCAUGAUUGCUAAGCAAGUUGGUCUCAAGCUCCAUCAGGAAAUCAUCAACAAGGCUCAGGAGCUCGACAUCCAAAUCCUUAACGAAUCCCGCAAGGUCAAGAAGGUCGAACAGCAGUAA